GCGAUAAAAUAAUGGAUAAAGCGUUCGAGAUACAAAGACAAGCUCGGGAUAAUGCUAAGUCAUUUCAAACUUACUUGACAGAUUUGCAAAAUUGGGAAACUGAAAUGAAAAGAAAGGAGGCUGCUCUCAACGGUGUUUAUGAGCAGGACUUACCCCCAGUCCGCAGUAAGAUCAAGAAAGAUAAGCCGGUCCAGGUGAAAAAGAAACAGGAAACGCGGAUUUCUGCCUUUGAUUAUCAUUCUUGGGAUAAAUAUGAUGUUGACAAAGCAUGCGAGGAAGUAGACAUGGCAGAAGUAGGCCCCACUUCACUAGACGGCAAGAAGAGUCAGCCGGCCAAGCUGGAGAAGCUCAGGGAAGAAGCCCAGUAUGAGAAGGAGAGAGGCAACGCAUUUGUGAAGCAGGAGAAAUGGGAUGAGGCAGUUAGGUGUUACAACCGGGCUAUUGAACUUGUUAAGGAUGAUGCCAUUUACUACGCUAAUAGAGGACUCUGCUAUCUUAAGAAGGACAGCCUUCAUCAAGCGGAAUCAGAUUGUACUGAAGCUCUCCGCCUAGACCCAACAUACGUAAAGGCUUUGCAACGUCGAGCGACUGCCCGCGAGCGCUUGGGCUCACUGCGCUCGGCCUCUCAUGACCUCAACGAAGUGCUAAAGCUGGAACCACACAAUGCCGCCGCUAGGAAACAGCUGGAGGCUAUUAAGGCCCGCAUGGGGACGAAAGGAUCAAAAUCAAAAUCUUCUCCAUCAUCAACACCACUCCUGGAGAAUAAACAUCUCCUAUUGCCUUCCAAACCGACUACUCAAGUACUGAUUGAGGAAAUUACUGAACCUGCAAAGAAAGUUGACGAGCCAGUGAAGAAGGCUCCAACUCCUGAAGAGAAUUGGAGAAAUGGAGUAGGAGAGAAUGUGACUGUUAUUAAAACUGUUAAGAAACCACCUCAUUUGAGAUCAAAGCGAGCUCUAAAAGCAAUACCAAUUCAAGAAAUACCACUCGGGAAAACCUCUCCGGAGAAUCCACCAAAUCGUAUCAGUAUAAUGGAAAUAGAAGAUGAUAAGUCUCAUGGUGAUAGUGAUAACCAUGAUUCGAAUAAAAUCCUCGAGAAAAUGCAAGAGGAUAUCUUUAACGUCAAUGGAGGUGAAAAAUUAAGUCCUGAAUCGGAGAAGUUGUUGUGUGAAAAUGUGACUGAAAAAGUUAGUGUUGCUAAUAUGGUGCCACCAGUGAAUAGUGUUCAGUUUAUGUCGGAGUGGAAGUACCUGAAAGGACGACUCGAAGCCCGGAGCGAUUAUUUAAGCAUAAUCGACCCGGCCAAGAUUCCAUCCAUAUUCGAGAAUGCUCUGGAAAGCGAAGUACUAUCAGAAGUUCUGCAAAUAUUGGCGGAACACACAGAUAAGUUUGAAGGCAAAGUGGCUGCAUAUCUUCGAGGACUUGCCAGCGUCAAACGUUUCUCUGCCUUAGCUAUGUUCUUGAAUAGUAAUGACAAACAAUGUAAGUAUGCAUAUUAAUUAAUCCACCUUUACCUGCGUGAAGA